AGAGCCGUGGAGGCGUUCGGAAGCUGGCGUGGACAACUCAUGCUGUGUGUACAGGCCAAAGGAUAGUCACUUGGGGUCACGUUACAUUCUCAAGCUGCUCAAAACCUGGGACGAUAUCAGACGAAAGGCUCUGUUUGUCUGGAAAAAAACCAGAAGAGAAACAUUGUCCAUCAAUGGAUGAGCCAAUUUACCUGAGUCCUGAUUUGUCCGACUCAAACAAGCCAUUAAGCCUUCCUGCAGGUCACCCUGAGGUCCUCGGUUCCUCACAUCCUGGUUUUCAGGUAGACACAACAUCGAAACAUCAGAACUUUAAGGCAGUGAAGGUUCUUCUUGGCAUCACUGCCCUGUGUUUGGGGUUAACACUAGCUGCUCUUGGUACUUUGGGAUAUUACUAUGUUGAGAAACAAAGCCAGUUUGACCUCCUGAGGGCACAGCAUGCAAACAUCUCAACACAAUUCAGCAUCAUAAAAACUCGGGAUUGCACGCCUUGUGGAGAGGGUUGGAGGAACAACGGUGACAAGUGUUACUUCUUCUCCUUUGACCUGAUGAGCUGGACACAAAGCCGCGACGAAUGUGUCUCGAUGGGUGGCCAUCUCGUGAUCAUUAACAGUCAGGCAGAACAGAUCUUCCUCUCCUCUGAAACCAAGGAGUCCCAUUGGAUAGGCCUUAAUGACCGGGAGCACGAGGGACAGUGGGUUCUGGUAUGAAAGGACUUAUGGAAAAGAUGAACCGGAUAACUGGCUUGAGCGGGAUUUGUUUGGAGAGGAUUGUGCUAGCCUCGGCGAUGGAGAUAUCCCAACUAAUGUUUGGUUUGACGAAUACUGCAAGAAGAUGAAAAGAUAUGU